AUGGUUGUCAUCGAAAUAAAAUCCAAAGCGCAGUUCAAUGAACUUGUGAAGCGCGGUUCAGGCGUCGCUCUACAAGCCCACGCUGAAUGGUGUGGCCCCUGCAAAGCCAUCUCGCCUAUCUUCAACAAGCACGCCCAGGUCUACGCCGAUAAGCCCGUGGUUUUCGCCCGCUUUGACACAGACGAUGUGCCCGAACUUGCAGAGCAGCUCGGCGUCCAUAACAUCCCCGCCUUCUACUUCUUUAAGCACGGCGAACUGUCGAACAACGUGCGAGGCGCCAACCCAGGGGCACUCAAGGAAGCUAUCGAAAAUUUGACUAGUUAA